ACGAAAUGCAGGGACUUACACAGUAAUCCUGCACGACAGUAGGUGAUCAUCGCGGCAUGCAGCGACCUGACAUGCCUCUCACACAAGGUUUCCCUGUGUAAACGCAUUUUGGUCUGCAAUCAUCCGAUUGAGUCUUAAGGAAACAGAGAACCAGCCCGCUAUGUUCUGACGCGAUGUGUGCACUACGUGAGAGAACAUUCUGUAGAAUCACAAAGUGUAUAUGACACGGCGACGUGAUACGCUACUGCGUUGUCCGUUUGUCGUAACUCAGUCCCCUAAACGGAACGCAGCUUGCAGAGAAUGGGAGAAACGGAGGACAGUGCAGCCGACGAAAGCAGGCGUGUGGGUGAAUCCCGCUCCAGACGCCGGGUUUUCGCGGCUUAAUCGGCAAGGGGCGUCGGGAAAAGGUGCCUACAUUUUUAUAUUUCUGUGACGUUUAAUCAGCCGGAGCCGCCUCCGAGCGGCGCGCUCAGGCUGGCUUUUCACGAGCAACGGAUUCUGUAGUUUGUACCAUGACCAUAAGCGCGCGUGUGAAAAAUACAAGUAACAACGGUUACUCGAGACACCGUUAAGAAAAGCCCCCAGCUAUAACAUGUUCCCUCACCUCGGCGAGUGUGUAUCGUUACUCUGUCACCGGACGAAAAGACUUCAAACCUCGGAAGAAAUCACGGUUGUCACUUUUCGGUGAAGAGUGCCCAUUUCUGGGAGGAACCACAUCUUGUUUGUGUCUGGUCAAUUUCCGUACGUCCUCUGCAGCAGCGCGCAUAUGCUACACAACCGAUAGCUUUAUACAGACAACUGACUGCCGUUACUUUUUGCGGGAGCAGCAGGCUCACAGAAACCAGCCCCGUAGGCCGCCUGGAGGCCCCGACGCGUGGGAACGUGAGGUGGCUUUAGCCUACGAAAGGCACCGUCCCGAGAGUCACAGCACGACUUAGAGGAAGUGGCUGUGGUAAGGGAAAAAUUUUUUGAGGCAAGGAUAGAGUAUAAUGAGUUAGAGUGGAAGGCAACGCGAAUCAUCGAAUGGUGGGGAGGUGAGGGGAGGAGAGCGACUCAGCUCGUUAGUGCUUGCCUGCCCUUUAGCUUGUUUUUUCUUGGACUGUGGGGCUGUAUAACACAGCCCGUGAACCGACGACAGCACACAAGCGGCUCACCAAGGCCUCUCAUGACACUUUCGGCGAGCAACUCGUCGGUGGCAAUUUGGCGCCCUUCAAGGUAUGCUGCCUUGAAGGAAGGCUCUUUGCUACGGGGUGGAGCAGUCGGCUUCUUUUUUUGUGUCCACCGGAGCAUUUGGUUGAUUUCCGUACCCAGCGGCUGGCUUUGCAGGUUGUCAAAGCUCUGCCGCCCGGUCGCGGCACAAAACACCGCGUGUUUGUUGCAGGUACAACCGCUUCGGGAUAUGUCGCCUGCUUUUCGAUGAGGAGAUGACGCUUUGAACUUCCUAAACCUACGCCACCAUGGCCAGCCGGAGACUAUGCAUUCACCUCCUCAUUGGCCUCCACUAUAUCUGGAUGCACGUAGCCUCUUGCAUCCUCACAGCAGAGACGACCGCACAUGUAGCGCAUGAAGAAAUGCAGGUUGACGAACAGAAGGUGCCUCCAACGUCUCUUCGGUACCCUUCCUCAACCGCUGCUUCUUCUCUGGCAACCAGCUCGGCAGAACGAACCGGAGCAGACCACCUCAUUCAUGUACUAAGGCAUCAGGCUCAAACACAGCAUCCCAAUAGUGUUGGUGUACGCGGGAAAAAAAAUCCUCCGACCGAUCAAACACCAUCCAGGAGCGUUCCUCGUUCAGUUACCAGUCCCUUAGCCGCUAUUAUAAACACUGCAGAUCUCCGGAGAGCUCAAGAAGCGCGGCUUGAAAAAUGGCUUCAGCUCGCUGCUACUGGCGCCUUCAAUGAUCUGGCGUGGGGAUGCCUUAACAGAACUGCGAACGGUAGUCAGAUGUCGCAGGCCUGUGUACUUCAGUGGGAGGCACAGUUCUGCAUUGCAAACUACUUGCUGAUAGAUGCCUUGAAUUCUCGCCGAAGGUAUUCACGAGAUAACUGGCUUGCAAACGACGGCUCGUGGGACGGGUUGAACGAAAUGACCCGGCUCUGCCAACCACAGGUGUACGAUUGGUCAACGAAACGAACUGCGGAUUGUAGAAGGGCCGCGGCAGCUCUGAGAACAUCAUUCCCACCAACGGAGUGCGUAAAGCUUUCAAGCGUAUCAGGCUACGCUUUAAUUUCCGCCAACCUCAGUGUGGUGCGCUUUUGCCCGAUGGCGUCUCUCCUCAUCAGUCUUUUCGGUUUUAUGUGUGCGCAAAUGGCUGGCGCUUAA